AUGGCCUAUUGCUAUCGCGCACAAAGUCAGCAUUGACGACUGAAUGUUACUUGUUCCUCGUGGUCAUCUCUCUCCAAUGUGUCAUGCUCCCACUCUUGCUUCCUAUCACCCAACUCCAAAUAUUGCGUCAAUUUAGGUCUACAGCCCCUCAGCUCCUCUGCCGUCUCAGCAAAACUUGAGACUCUCGACGGAGGAGGUGCUUAGGAGGGAUAUGGUAAAACCACAGGGUGCAGGAGGGAAGUCUGAAGUUACGUGAGGAAUUUCUACCUCGGCCAUGUGGUCAUUGGUGCAGUACAGGCAGAUUCGCAAAGACGUCGAACAAGAAUGGGAGCGUCAGAAGCGUCGCACUAGUAGUGAGGACGAGGAGGCCAGAGGCGAGUCUGAACUGCAAAGGCCUAUCUCUGGUGUCGCUUCUGCAUCGUCCACACCGCCGCCGACAACUCCAUCAGACAGCGCACGAGAACCAGAACCAGAACCAGAUUUGGAAAAGGCUUCCCAAUCGCCGCAGAAGCUCACUGCGCCCCGUCGCCCAUCCCAGGCGCACGACGACGAGAAGAAAUACGACGCCUCGCUUCGACGGCACACAAGCGAACCGAACUACCAACACCACGAUGCUUCCGGCAACAUCGUGGUUGGCAAGGAAGGGCACGACGACAUUCUGGAUCCGCAUAACUGGUCACUCCGAUCUCGAAGCGCCAACAUUGCCGUCCUCUCGCUGCUGAUUUUCACUCAAGGCUGGGCCAGUGCCGCAGACUCCCAGGCCAACACGGCCAUCUCACAGGCCCUGCAUGUCAGCAAGGUCGCCGAGAACCUCUCGCAGGCUUUGUACCUGUUCGGCAUUGGGUGCGGCUGUCUUUUUGUCGGACCGCUCUCGGAGACUCUGGGCCGCAAUCCGACGUAUCUGGUCUCGACGUUUAUUUACCUGUUCUUCGUCCUGGGCUCGGCACUGACCAAGACUUUCGCCGGACAACUCUGCUGUCGGUUUUUCGUCGGCUUGUUCGCAAGCGCGACGCUGGGCAUCAACGGCGCCAGUGUCGGCGACCAGUUCCGGCCGGUCAAACGAGCGUUUGUGUUUCCGGUCAUCGCGUGGGCCAAUGUUGCCGCUCCUGCCAUAGCCCCCAUAGCCGGCGGCUGGAUUGUGUCCUCGCCUUCCCUCGGCUGGCGAUGGUGCGCAUACAUCACACUGAUAAUCUCGGCGUUCGCCUUUCUCGUCGCGCUCGUCUUCCUACCAGAGACAUACCUUCCCAUCCUGGUCGACUGGAAAGCACGGCACCUCCGCGCCGUCACCGGCGACCAACGGUACGUCUCGAAACACGCGCAGACCGCUUCGUUUUUCGGCAGGCUCAGACAAGUCCUCCCCAUGCCUGUGACGUUCUUCAGCUCGGAACCCGUCGUGGCCGUCUUGGGAGGCUACCUGAUCCUCCUGUAUGUCAUAUUGUUCUCCUUCCUGUCCGGGUUCGACUACAUCUUCAAAAAGACGUACGGUCUGUCAACGGGCAUGACGGGCUCGUGCUUCGCCUCGAUUGCCGCGGGGAGCACGGGGUUUACACUCAGCGCCCCCGUGCUCUACAGUUGGGCACGCCGCGCGACGGGCCAUGUCUCUGGCGCCCACGUCGCGCCCGAGUUUCGCUUGUGGCCCGCCAUCAUCACUGCGCCUCUGCUCCCCGUGAGCCUGUUCUGGCUGGGCUGGACGAAUUACCCGUCCAUCUCGAUCUGGUCCGGGCUCGGAGCGUGUUUUGUCUUUGGCGUCGUCGCCACGGCCAUGUAUGUCAGUUGCUAUGAGUAUAUCAUCGACAGUUACGGAGAGCAUGCGGCCGUGGCGCUGGCGAGUAUAACCAUGGCCCGGUAUCUCGUUGCCGGUGGCAUGGUCAUGGCCGCGAGGCCCAUGUAUGAAGGUAUCGGCGUGCACUGGGUGUGUACCUUGCUUGGGUGUAUCGCCGUCGUGCUCGCGCCCGCGCCGCUGGUCUUUUUUAGGGUCGGGGCGAAGUUGAGGGAGAAGAGUCCUUAUGCUACAUGACGGCGCUGCCCCGUAUGGUAUGGUCCGCGACGACUCGGGACUUCGUGGCAGAGACCCGUCUCGAGCCUAAACUCCUUCCUAUAGGAGUCCAUGUACAGUACGGUUGUACGAGUUUACGGCGACAGAAUUUCCGACUGCCGGGUAGUGCAAAUACGAGCCCUCGAGAUGACUGAUGAAGAUUAUAACGCUGGCGAACUCGUGAUUUGGAACUUUUUCACCUGCGUUGUCGAAAUACAUAGAUGAUGGGUAGACCUAAGUAAUUGCCUACUGCCCUGCUCAAGAGGCAUG